UUUACGUUUAUUCUUCAUUUGGACCUUUCCUCAUGAGAUGUCAACCCGAUUUCCAUUUUAACUCAGAAAGUGAGCGCUGUAUGUCUCCCUGUGAAGCCAAAUGUGACAAACAUCUGGAUUGCAAGUUGAAAAACAAAAAAUCAGAAUUCCACUGCCCAUCUGAUGACGGCCGCUAUGGAGAUCCUUAUGAUUGUUCCAUCUACCACGUUUGUUCUAACUCUAAACAUAAAAUUAAGCGAUGCAAGCGUGGAAAAUAUUUCGACAAUGCAAGAAGACAGUGUACUGGAAGGAAACGUGCACGCUGUUUGUACCAGUGUCAGAAACGAAAGGGAAGAUUUCCUCAUCCAAAACAGUGUGAUAAGUUUAUCCAUUGCAGAGGCAGCAAAGCAGUCGUCAAAAGUUGUCCAGCUGGGAAAGCUUUCGCUGCCAACAAACAAGAAUGCAUCAGAAUUGAAGAAACUGAUUGCGGAAAGAACGAAUUAUUACACAUUUUAGAAUACAGUGGUAGUAUAGAGUCUCACCAGUAGUCUCCGAAAGUAUUUAAAAAUUGAAAUGGUUACUUUUUGUGCAGAUAA